UCAGGACACAUCAGAGAUCACACUUUGCUCAGAGACUCACAGUGAGCAGACUUCACCACCAUGGCAAGAGUCUGGGUGAUGAUGAUGAUGAUGAGGACGACACUUUUCAAUUGUUUAUUCAUGUCUUGUCUAACUUUUGACAUCCAUUUGGUAAAAGUGCACCCUAAACGAGCCAUCUCCGGUGUAGCUGAGUUUUCCUUUGGAAAGGAAUACGCCUUAAAUGCAUCGGCAGCCAGAGAUCUUUGCGAGCAUCUUGGUUUGACUAUUGCAAGCAAGGCACAGGUGACAGAGGCACAGAAACAUGGUCUGGAGACAUGCAGGUUCGGGUGGAUAGACGAGCAAAUCGUUGUCGUUCCCCGAGUUCAGGUUAAAGCGAACUGUGGCAGUGGCAAGACUGGGAUUGUCGUGUGGCGUGCACAUCCCAGUAAAGAAUUUGAUGCGUUUUGCUUCAAUUCAACAGAUUUCGAGGCACAAAACCAGGCUGCCGCAACCAGAACAACAAGAAAGCCAAUCACAACACAUUCAUCAGUUUUUCCCACCGCUCAAUCGGGAGUUCAUCUGAGGAAACCCCCAUUUUCGAAACAAGCUUCCCCAUCGUCUCCAUCUUCCUCGGUUCCUUCUUCGCUCUCUCACGGUUCCUCCGUUAACCACAUGGAUGAUGAAGGGAAACAUCUGCCCAUGAGUGGCACCACAAUGGAUGAUGUUCCAGCAGCCUUACUGAUCACAGUCACCUUUGCAGUCAUGCUUUCCGUAUUUCUAGCACUUUACUAUUUCAAAACGAACACACCCUGCAGGACGCGGGGGGACGGCGAGCAGCAGAAGGAGUACAUUGAGACGGAGGUUUGGGAGCACUGUAGUAAGAAAGACCUGCAGACACCACAGGAGGAGCAUGUGGAGGAGAACGAGGAAGAAAACAGCAGCAGCGCUUCUACAGACCAACACUGACAUUUCUGCCCGUGUAUUUAUCAGGAUGUCAUGUGAUGUCUGAGACUGAAGUGUCAUGAUGUUGUUUUGUAAUGAAGUACAAAA